AGCACGGCCGACGCGACGACGCGCCGCCGCUCCCCCGCCCCUUAUACCAAUAGAGUAAUAACCUAGCUACCUGGCGAGCCAGCCGCACUGCAUGUGCUCGCUGCGCGCCCCCUGUACCAUAGCGGAGGACCCGUCGCGGCUCGCAGAAGAGCCCGCUGUCCCCAACAUACCUAACUCCCCAAGCUCUGAGGUUUUUCUCUGGUGCCCGAUCGUCGACGUAGAAACAGUCCUAAUCGCGGUAAGAAGGGUAUUACUGCGUAGCGCCUCGACGCAUUACGCGUGUGCCUACCUACCUACCUACCUACCUACCUCUUACGCAGCGCGGAGGAGCCUGGGACUCAGUCGAGACAGAGGGCCGAGUACCUCCGCAGCGUUCUACGGGUUAGAUAUCAUGCGUGCGUCCCGUCCCCGUGGUAGGGAUGCGGGAGCACGUUGCCUAGCACGUAAGCGAGGAGGUAGAAGAGGCAGAGACAUCAGGACUCCGUACGCACCUCCGAAGCAGUCAACACAUCUCAGGUCUAGCAUUUGUCCCCCCAUCUAUCUUGUCAGAAUCGUCAAUUUCUAUGUAACAAGUACGAAAACGCCGAGGCGCGCGCGCCGCGGAACGGGCAGUCGAGUUCGCCGAUACCCUGCGGCAACGCGUGCGAAUCAACCAGAAAGCAAAUCCCCGCGUGGCCCCUCCGACCGCCGAGGCAACAAACGUGCACUCCCUAAACGCCAGCCGUGAGGCUACAUCAUCUUAUAGUCCCUUCUAUGUAGGAAUGAAACAUAUAUGCGGGAUGCGAUGUGCGAAACAAAGGCCGGAUGCCCUGAAAUCAACCUGAACGCCGACAAUGUCUGAUGAUUCCUGACCUGUGCCGUAAUAGGCCUCAUCAUGUAACAUAACGUAACGUGACAGUAACAGUAACAGAGACAGUAACAGUAACAGUAGUAAUAGAGUAACCCCGAGAAGUCGCGACGGGACC